GUGGGAGAGGCACAAAACCCCCUUGACCUUCCACAUCAUAGGGGUUUGUCCCAGUGUCCUAGCGAAAAUUUCCCCACCCUUCACUUUUCUUUUAACUGGUCUGUUGGCUGACCUCUUCCACCCCAGAAGCGGUAGCAUUUCAGAGAAACCAUGGCAAGUCCCGCGAAGGAUAAGGAUAACUAUCGAAUGAAGAGUUACAAAAACAAAGCCCUAAACCCUGAGGAAAUGCGUCGGCGAAGGGAAGAGGAGGGGAUCCAACUACGCAAACAGAAACGAGAGCAACAGCUAUUUAAAAGGAGAAAUGUGGAACUUAUUAAUGAAGAUGCUGCCAUGUUUGAUAGCCUCCUCAUGGAUUCCUAUGUCAGCACUGCCACAGCUGGGGAGGGAGUGAUCACAAGAGAGAUGGUGGAGAUGCUUUUCUCGGAGGACCCUGAUCUGCAGCUAGCAACCACCCAGAAAUUCAGGAAACUGCUCUCCAAAGAGCCGAAUCCUCCGAUAGACGAAGUGAUAAAUACUCAGGGAGUGGUGGACAGGUUUGUUGAAUUCCUGAAGAGAAGUGAAAAUUGCACACUACAGUUUGAAGCGGCAUGGGCUUUGACGAAUAUUGCAUCAGGAACCUCCCAACAAACAAAAAUAGUCAUUGAGGCUGGGGCAGUUCCUAUCUUCAUAGAGCUGUUAAACUCUGACUUUGAGGAUGUCCAAGAACAGGCUGUCUGGGCGUUGGGGAACAUCGCUGGAGACAGCUCUGUGUGUAGAGAUUAUGUCCUUAACUGCUCUAUUCUUCCUCCCUUGUUACUGCUCCUCACCAAGUCCACCAGGUUGACAAUGACUCGAAAUGCUGUCUGGGCCUUGUCAAACUUGUGCAGAGGGAAGAACCCACCACCUGAAUUUGACAAAGUGUCUCCUUGCUUGCCGGUAUUGUCCCGAUUAUUAUUCAGCAGUGACUCCGACUUGCUGGCAGAUGCCUGCUGGGCACUCUCCUACCUAUCAGAUGGCCCCAAUGAGAAAAUCCAAGCAGUAAUAGACUCUGGGGUGUGUCGGCGACUGGUAGAGCUGUUAAUGCACAAUGAUUAUAAAGUAGCUUCCCCAGCUUUGCGAGCUGUAGGCAACAUUGUGACGGGUGAUGACAUCCAGACCCAGGUGAUCUUGAACUGCUCAGCUCUGCCUUGCCUGCUUCAUUUAUUAAGCAGCCCCAAAGAGUCUAUCCGGAAGGAAGCUUGCUGGACCAUUUCUAACAUCACAGCUGGAAACAGGGCUCAGAUACAGGCAGUCAUAGAUGCAAACAUUUUCCCAGUGCUGAUAGAAAUCUUACAGAAAGCAGAAUUCCGCACAAGGAAAGAGGCAGCCUGGGCCAUCACGAAUGCGACAUCAGGAGGAACCCCAGAGCAGAUCAGGUACUUGGUAAACCUCGGCUGUAUCAAACCUCUGUGUGACCUGCUGACUGUCAUGGACUCCAAGAUUGUUCAAGUGGCCCUGAAUGGCCUGGAGAAUAUCCUGCGGCUCGGUGAGCAGGAGGCCAAGCAAAGUGGCACAGGCAUCAACCCCUAUUGCAGCCUCAUUGAAGAAGCCUAUGGCUUGGAUAAGAUAGAGUUCCUGCAGAGUCAUGAGAACCAGGAAAUCUACCAGAAGGCCUUUGAUUUGAUUGAGCACUACUUUGGAGUAGAGGAUGACGACUCCAACCUGGCUCCCCAGGUAGACGAGAACCAGCAGCAAUUCAUCUUCCAGCAGCCUGAGGCCCCUAUGGAAGGCUUCCAGCUAUAAUGUGUUCAGAUGGGGAAGAACACCAUGAACUUGCCAGAAAUCAACUGGGAGCAGCCAGAGUUAUAGUCCCAUUUCCCCCUCCUUACAAACAGAAGGCGCAAACACCCACGCCACCCAUUAGGAAACAGUUCCUCCUUCAAGAACAGCUAGAAGCAAUGCUUUGCUCUCAUGGAAAGAAGGGGAUUUUAUUUUUUACACUUUUUUUGCUGCUGCAUACAUGUCUUUAAAGCAGGCACCAAGGUGGAGGAAGGACACGGAGGUAACAAAUUGCACCUCUUGUUUUAAUUUGUGGUGAUCUUUCACAAAUAUUGUGUCACUUGUUACCUCGGGUACUUAAAUGAAAUUUCAGUGGGGGUGGGUGGGGGGGAAAAACACAAAUCAAAAGUUAAGCAUUCUCUUCUCUGACAACAUUAAUCCUGGAAGCUAGGGUUGAUCUAUUUAAUUUUUUUUGCACAUCUUACUCUUUGUUAAAGACUCUAAUCUGCCAAGAGCAAAGUUUAGCCCCUCACCUUUUCACAGCUCUCCUUCAGUGGACCGCGCCAUUGGACAUGGGCCAAGUUCCCCUUGAAACAUACUGUAAAUGGACAAAGGAGAAGUGGGGAGACUUUUCCUGGGGAAGGAUUUUUUCCCUUUGUUUAAAAAUAUUAAUUUUUUUUAAAAGAACUGUUAUUGGUAUUUAAAAAAAGCAACAAAACCCCAAAGAUGGUAAUUGUGGAGAGGUGGGGGAGAUGUUUUGGUGGUCUUUGAAAAGAGGAAGCACAGCUGCCAUUGCACGGGCUUCACUUGCAUUGCUACUGAUUGAAGUCACAGAACUGUUGAAAUGGUGAAACCCAUCUUCAUCUUUACUUGAAAAUUGUUUCAUGAAAACAUGUAUUAAGAUUUGGAUUUUUUUCUGAAUGGAUGGGGUGGGGGUGGAUUAUUUGUUAUGGGGUGGGGAGGAAGGAGGGCAUAGCUACACUUGACAGGAGCAUUGUGUGCGGUGUUAACUCCAGUAGCAAAGGGCCUGAGUUUUCAGGAUUACUUUCUGCUCACAGUUGGAUCAUGUACAUUUUACUUCAAAAGGAAGAGUCAAAGCUCUGUAUUUUUUAUAUAUUAUAUAUAGGUAGAUAUUUGUCUAAUUGGGCUUCAGAGAAAAAUAUAUAUGAAAUUUCUGUAAUUUAUGUAAAUAGAAUACUGUGAGGCAGGUACACCUGGAAAUGAUGGUCUAUGAACUCACUCACUGGUUGUCCUGCUUCUUUUCCUCUGUUUACUCACGUACUGUACAAGCAAACAUAGAUUUGUCUUAAACUCCUUUUCCAGAUUGAGUUUACUUAGCCAAGAGUGAUAUAAAACACAAUAGGCUAUGGAGAACCCAAACAAUUUUGGGAUUUGAGGGAAGGGGACGGGGAAACAUGGUUCACCGAGGUGUCUAAUAGACUUGCUGAGUGCAUCCCCUCCCUGUUCUUGCUGUCCUAAGCAAGUGCAAGUUUUGAUGCCUUUGGGACUGGGAAUUUCAAGAGGGUAAGAAACAAAGCAUGGUGCCAGUUGUAUGAAAUCAAGAAAUCUAAUUUCACAAGUCCUUCACAUUUUAAAAAAAAAAAAAAAAAAAAAAAAAAAAAAUCGGUGCAUUUGACUGGUAGCUGGCUGUGGCUAGAGUGAUCUCUAAAUGCGUAAAGUUCCUUUAUCACUUGCUGCAGUACAAGUUUGGGGUGAAUUAUUUAAUAUUAGAUAUAGCCUUGUGGAGCACGUGUGAAAGCUUAGCCAUGGUGUACUGGAGUACUGUGCCAUUGCAGGAUCUUUAGAAGCCUACCAGGGAACUUGGACUCCUAGCGAGCACAUUAAAAUUGGAACCUUCAUUUAUCUGUGAAGAAUGAAACUGAAUAUUGCAUUUUAAAAAAUGUAUUAAGGUUUGUGAGGUUACUCGACAAGCCACUUACAUUAGCCCAGUGGCUCACUCACAUGCCUCUGGCUAGUGUGCAUCCCCUCCCUCUUCUCUUUAAACAGAGUGGGGAGAAAUCCUUUUGUCCAUCUUCUAAAGCUUGGGGUAGCUGCUGAGAAGUCUUUUGUAUUGAGGCUUUUAUGAAAGAAAGAUUCAUUGUGUAGUUCAAUGUAAUAUGUAUUGGGGUAGUUUGUUAAAGGAGAGCAUGCAAAUUAAAAUCUCUUCUAAUGAAUCCUUAUGCAGUUGAUGGAAGAUGAAGAAAUAAGCAAUCUGGAUUUAUAUUCAGAUUCAAGCCUAGCCUUCUGCUUAAGGUCUCAAAUACCAUCAGUAUGAUCGCAGAGUAUAUUCCUGGAUGUUGGGGGUCAGCCUACCUACAAUCUAAUUGGUCCAGUCUCAUUCAAGAAUCUUGCUUGCCUCAAGAGAUUUUAUUUCCCCAUUAAAAAUAUCCGUGAGCAACUGAGGGUUAAGUGAAGCUUAUACACAUGGGUGUUCUUUCUCCUAUCUCUUUUGUGAGGCAGGCGGGGGGGUGGGGUUGCUGCUAUUUUUCCUUCCACUUGUAGGCCUUUCAGCACUAGCAUCAAUGAUGUGUUUUCCCAUGGCCAUGCAUACGGUACUUUAGGUUCUAGGAUGUACCCUAAAGCUCAGUUGUUGCACUGACACCUUUCUCUCACCUCUUCUUUCUGUAUCUGCAAAUAAUCCAGCAGUGGAUCUGGAAGAGAAAUGGAUGCUGUAGCAAACUGCUUUGCAGGGAUCAUUGAAACUAAAAAAUGCUGUCCUGAAUUGAUGUAUAAGCAGACACCCACUUUGUGGAGAGUACAAAGAGAAUGUGGAUGGGUAAAAAGGAUUGUUCUCCUGCAUGGCUGUUUGGGAGACCUUCAGGGGCUGGAUGUGACCACAGAAUGUGGUAGCCAGGCUGCCUGAAAGCCUGCAGGUGGGGUGGGCUAAAUCUGCAGAAUCAAGCUGUUUAUCAGUAGGAAAUAACCAGUUGUUGAAUAGGAACUGUUAUCAAGUGAAGGGCUUCAGAGGAACAAAAUUCAUAUGAUCAGUUUCAUGGAGAUGGUAAAAUUCACUGUGGGAUUGAACCGUUCUACAAUCAAUAAAACCUUAUUUUAAGCUUAGGGUAAACCUAUUCAGUGUCUAAUUUUUUUUUUUACCAACUAGACUCUGGAUAUUCAUAUUGUAUUUGAAAUUGGAUCUACAGCCAAGGGAAGUUAACUUUGAAACCCAGAACUGGAGAAGACUUGUGUGGGACUCUGUGUCCUUCCUCCUCAGCUCUCUCUCCCAUGAGGCUGUGUCUUUCUGUGAUAUCUGGUCAAUACUGAGCCCCAUCUUGCUUUUACUCUUCCAGAAAGGCUCCCUCUUUGGCAAAUGAAAAGCAGUAAUGUAUCCCUUCCAUAGACAGGUUCUAUGGGGAAGGCCUUAUGAGAAAUGUUCCAAAGCCACCUGUGACCCAAUGGUCCCUUGAUGAGGGAGACACUCUUGGAGCUGCUAUUCCACCAGUCAGCUAUCUGAGGUGUUACAUGAACCAGAGUACUAUAUUAGGACCGUGGUAAAGAGAACAUAUCCUUCCAGGAUAGAGCCUGAUACCUCCAUGGCUUUAGGAUGGCAUCUCAAUAGCAAAAAGGUAACCAAAAGAUCUUUAUUCAUCCACAAUCUUAGUCUUCUGAUGUAAAUCGCUUAAAACCCAAGGUUUUAUUUGUUCUAUGCAUUACCUCAGGACCAUGCAAAAGAAAUGGAGCUCUUCACUCCAUUGGAGCUUCUUCCAUUCAUUGCAGCAUGAAGAGGCAUUGGGAUCUGCUUUGCAAGAUCACUUUUUUUAAAAUGAGACUUUUGGUCCCUGAAAUAAAAGACUGAAAUGAAAUGUGGAACUACCUAACAAACUUGUAGCAAAAGCUGCAGAGGUAGUAAGGAUGGCUUUUUGUUUAGAGUGGCCCUACUAUCUUCCUGCUGUGAAGAAGCUUGCUUCUGUCCUUGAUAGCAAGAGCCCGUCCUACACAAAGCAGUAAACUACUGUCUAAAUUACAACUCAAACCUUCCCUUAGCAACCAGAGAAACUAAUACUUAAGCCCAAGCCACCUAUUGAGGUAUUGUUCCUUCUUGUAAUUAGCUUGACAUCUUUUUAUAGAAAAUGGGGGAAUAAUUGGUUUACCAAAAAAAUCUUGCACCCUGCCCUCCUCCCCUCCCCCCCCCCCAAAAAAAAAACAAAAAAACCCCAAAACCAAAUCUUGUGAAAAGGGCAUCACUUCCUGCUGUCUUCUGAAUUGGAACUUUAUAACUGAUAUUAGGGAACAAGUUUGGCUUUUGGAAAGCUGCUCUUGCAGAGUGCAGGAGAAUCCAUGCUGAUGUCAACCUUGUUAAAUUUUAUGCUAAGUGUCUGUAGAUAAGCUCUCUCCAGAACCUCCACAAAUGCUGUCCUGGGGUGUGCCACUUAGUUUUUAACAAACAUUCAUUCCUCCCCCCCCCCCCCCCCCCGCAUGUAAGCUGCUUCUAUUUUUCUCAGCUCUCACAAGUGCCAUGUAGAUCUACAAGAGAUGUUGAAAUUCAAGCAUUCAUCUUAUGGGUCUACUUUUAUUUUGAAUAUUACUGUUUUUGUUAAACAAUCUAUGGCCUUUUUCCCUAUCAAUAUUGCACUGCACGCAGUGGUUGCACUACAGACUAUGCCAGCCCAUUCAGUUAACCUCAGUGCUAAGUUUGUGCUGUCAGCAACUUGGGUAUCAUAAAUCCCCUAGGUCUGGUGUUAAUUUUGUACACUUAUCUUCUGAGACCACCAUCUCUUUGGAGGCUAGUUUACUUCCUGCAUACUAUAUUGCUCAGUAAUUGUGCGCAUCUAGCAUACCUCCAAGUAUGGCAUACCCAGUGGAUGCUAGCUAUAAAAACUAGUUUCCCCAUUCUUGUCGUUUAGGGACUCCUGACUGUUGGCAGUACCUCCUCUGUAUUGGUUACCUAGAGCAAUAGCACUACAACCCAGAGUGAAAGCAAUAUCAACACAGAACAUGUCAGGGAUAAUUGGAGGAAGGAUCCUCAAGCAAGCAUGCAAUUACAGUUAACUGCUAGUGUUUGGGUUUCUCUAGUCUCUAGUACAUGACCAGGGCAGAUAACUGGUACAAUGAAAUCUCUCAAAGUAUUUAGAAAAAGUUUAAUCUGUGCCAUUAUACUGGAUCCCUUCCCUCAUAAUUCUCAGAUCUCUGCAUGUAUCAUAACUUGAAGCACUCUUGGUUGUGUUUUUGUGUGUGUGUGUGGGGGGGGGGGGGGGGUUUAUUCCUAGACCAGCCUCUUCUCUCAUAAGCUGUCUUGGCAUGUUCUCACAAUCCAGCAGUCCAAUUAGAACUCAUGAAUGUUCUGACCUUUUAAAGGGUGCAGUAAAGCUUCAACUACGACAGUGUCGAACCAAGGUGUCCCAAAGGGGAUCAUAACACUGCAGUAGCAAAAAAUGGAAGAUCCAUUGAUGCAGAGGCCUUGUAUGGUACUAAAAACUGAUCCAAAUUCUAGUGUUAAACUGGUCUAAACCCAGAUGGACUUCAGCUUGGUUCUGUAUUUAGCCAGGUUAGAUACUUGCUAAUAUGUUGCAAAUUACCAGUGAUGUCUAAGCAAAGUACUACUUUCUCUUGACUAUCAGAAAACAGAAGAGUCUUAAGGCUGCCCACAGUAGGUACCAUUCUGUCCUGUCAUAAAAAAUGUGAGGACCUUAUCUCAGUGGAGUUCUGGAUCUUCUCAGCCAAAUGUACAGACUAAAAUCUCCAUUGUCACAUUUCCUAAUCCGUAACCAUUGGGGCCUGUAUGCCACGCUGUAAAACAGCACUAGUGCUGAGCUUGCAUUCCUGACAGUCUCCUUCUGAAAACUGAAUUGCAUCAGACUGGUGUGGCAGACAUCUCCAGAUUAAGGUGACGAUGGGGCUAGAGGCUGCUGACUCAUAUCAGAGUGAUCCCUUUGGAAUUACUCAUUUUAGUGCAAAGCAUCCCAGGCUUCUAGUAUCUCCAUCGGUUAGAACAUUAGAAUUAGCUAGUCAGUCUAAACUUCUAGUUUUCUCCUUUGGCCCUGCGUUAAUGUCAUCUUUAAUACCUUAUCGCUUCAGUUUGGGGCUAAGAUUUCAUCCUUUUACUGUGUGGAGCUUGAGCUACUUCAGUUGACUUAAAGCAAAUAAGCUCUCUGUAUUGUCUGAAUUUGAUGAUCAAGGAAUGUAUAUAUCCUCCUUCCAUUUAAGACUUGACCUGUGCUUGGUGUCUUAUAUAGACAGGCAGCUGUAGUCAGAACAUGCAGCAGCUGCCUGCACAACAGAACUGUUGCAGUGACUUCGAAAGAACCCUAAAGGAGGUGGAGCUCUUCAUCUGAAUCCUACUUUCCUUUCCUUCACUGGAGGUGCAGAUCUAGUUUCUCUAGUAAACCUGAACUCCUGCUUGCCACUUACCCUUCCAUAUUACAGAUAUGGUAAACUCCUGAGUGAAUAAGCCUUUGAUCAGCACAGGUCUAUGCAAACUCCAAAAUAAUCCAACUGAAUAUUUUUAUGUUAAAUGACCUACAACCAGUGUCACAACUGAUCAGGAUUUUAAAAUUAAUUCUGGGCAGUACAAGAGGAGAAGAGAUGGGUACAACUGUCAGACCCAGCUACAAUACUGGGCUGGAGAAAAGACUACUGGAGAGUGAAUAGUAUUUUGGAAACUUUCCUCAUCUGUUCUGGAUCCCUCUUUGGAACAAUCCAGGGACCCAGAAACUGAAGAUGUCUACCAUUUUUUAGAAGCAAACUGUUACAGGCCCUAGGAAUGGCAUUUAAAAGGCUUAUUCUGCUGCAGUAACAGUGCUCAAAGCAUUAACCCCUAUGAAGCCAAACCCCCGGGGUGGAGCUGGUGCUGUGUUCUGAUUUUUAUUUUUUUUUUUUUUAUCCGCUCAUGUGUGGGUUGCGUUAUGGAACCACUAGUGAGCAUGGCACAAAGGGGAGGAAUAGUAUGUGGUUGUUUACCCAAAUCAAAAGUCUGGGAACGGGACUUCAGGAUGUAGCCACAUCAACAGCCAACAGUGAUUCAACUUUUUUUUUUAAACUUUUCUUUUAUAAAAGUCAAACAAACAACUCUGGCUAUUUUUCCAAUGUGUGGCCCUUUAGAGGUACAUUAUAGCCGUACCAUGGUUGGUUGAUAGGCCUUGUGAGGAUACACACCUGACUCUAGUGUGGACUAGUAUGAUGUGUACAGAUUAAAGAUAUUUAUACACAUUCAGAGUUAAAAAUGUAUCUAAGUUUCCAACACUGUAAUAGAUACAAUGCAAAAUAAAGAGUCUGUUCCAAAGCUG